CACUACUAGCACUAGUAUAAAGAAGCGCCCAAGAAACGUAGCUCUGACUCAAAGCCAAGGUUCGCUGAUGACUCCUCAACGCAGUGCCUCCGUGUCCGAACACGAUAAAAGGGAACGCAGCUGAACCCAACUCCCAAGCAGCUACAUCCUAGCUCUGCAGCGAAGACUGAACUCUGAAGUGCCGUGUGCGUAUACAGUCAGUCUGAACUCUGAAGUCUACACGUGCGCUGGAAUCGUGUGCAGGGUGGAUCCAGGCUUUUGUAGUGCCUUGCCCUUCGUGGAUCACCGAAAUGUGAUCACAAAAGAUGACUGCCAUUGUUUAAUUCACUGGAGACUGGCAAGCGGUGUCGUCUUGCCAUCAUGGCAAGCAAGCUGGGUGAAGACCAUGAUGCAGAGAAGACUGUGGACAGCCUUCGAGACAGACUUACCGAUGAUAUAGGCCUCUCUCGGCAAGAAAGCAAUGCACCCGUGGAUGACACUUUUCCAUCAACGGCCAACGCCGCCAGUGCAGAUGUAGAUGGCAGCGACAGUCACACAGCGCAAGGCAACAGCCUGCUAGCCAGCACCGAGAGUGGAUGUGUUCUGUCACAUGAUUGUAGUGCGGAGAGUGACCCGGUCAGCAGCCUGGGCAGUGUCCAUAGGCACGAAGAUGACCAACAAUUGGCUGAAUCUACUCACAGUGAUCGAGUUGCAGUCGGCAUCAGUCAAGAUACUGAGAAUGGAACUGCUAACCUUUCAGGUGAUGAACCUACGACCCGAUGUCAGGCUGAAUCACAUAUGCCAGAUAUGCCUGCUGCUGUGGCCAACAUGGAGACCGAAGAGCAAUUGUCAAGCAGUGACAAAGAUGGGGAUAGUGAUCUAGAGACCGACAGUGGUGGAGAAGAGGAAGACCACGUGCCCGACAGUGUUGAUCUGUGGCGCGAUGUUGUGAAGCCGUACUUUCUUGUCAAGUUGAGUCAAAAGAUUGAACCCCUAGCAGUGCUAGCAACAAUGCACCAACACGGGCUAUUCUCGAAGGAAGAGUAUGAGAGCAUCUCGGGUCAGAAACUUCGCAGUGAACGUGUCACUGAGCUAGUCAAGAGCCUCGGAGCCCAAUCCAACAGAGGUAUUUGUGUUCUCGUCAGAGCACUCUACGAUCAAGAUGGCCCAAGCAAGGAUCUGGCUAAGGAGAUAGUGCGUAAGACGGAUGAACACGCCCAGGAACGCUCCCAAGGCUGCUUCCGUAGCAUUAAGAAGACGAUGGCACGGGAGGAGCAACGCAGAUCAACUAGAAAAAGACAACCACUGCAGAAGAGAAGACAAUCGAUCCUGCCCAAUGAGGAUGGAGGAAGCACACCGCAGGCUCGAGGCAAAGGAAUGCGUAGAAGGUUCGAGGAGGAUCUGUGGAGGAAGGUAGCAAGACCUAAUCUAAAAGAGCUGUGCAAGAUACCUGCGGCGGAGGUGGCAUUGUUCUGCUUGCAGGAGGAUCUCAUCACUGGCAUGACCAGAGGCCAGCUGCAAGCUGAAGCACGCAUGAUAUCGAACGAGGAGCAAGCGCUCCAUCUGAUCGACGAGCUUUCGAAAGGCAACAACGCCUCCUUCUACACCUUUCUGAAGAUCCUGUAUAGGGAGAUGACCUCCACCACCAGAGAGUUGGCAAGGUUUCUGGAUAAAGAGGCGUACAGAUUUGUGCCAGAGAGAGAUGAGCAAUACAUUCUGGAGGAUCCCGUUGAACAAAGGAAGGCAACGGUGUGUGCUCCAUUCUCCAUCACUCCACCGUCCCCAGACAAAUUGAAUACGAUCAUUUACGAGCAGCAAGAGUUGCUGACCAGGGUGGACUUGGUGAAAGUUUUCGAGACGUUCAAGUUCCGGUCUUUAGCCAACACGGCACGCGUUCAGGAAAUCUUGAAAGACACAGAGAAGCGCACAAGCCAGAAGAAGAAGUACUUGCUGAAAGAGCUGAUAGAGGUGGAGGAUGACCGCGACGUUGAAACAUUCGUACGACAUUUGAGUCGACACAAGUGCACAAAGGAAUACACCAAGCUCAAGGAACUCAUCUCAAGUUUUCGCACCGAACAUCUGAAACCAUGUACCGUUAUCACGCUGAUGGUAGCAAAUGUGGAACCUGGAUAUACACUAGAAUGCUCUCCUAGCAGCGGCCUGCAUUACAUCAAGGAGACACCAGCCAUUGAAUGUCAUGCAGAAUCACGUUUACGCUUGGAAAGCUACAUGACAGCACCCAGGCGAGUGGGAGCAAUUCCGCCAAACACUGAAGAGCGUUUUCAACCAAUUCCUGGCCAGAGGGAGAACAACGGCAUUGUUGAUCGCGAAGAGGACUUGGACAAGAUCAAAGAAACGGAAUGGUGCGAUGAUCUAACGCUGGUCACCUGUGCUGUUAUAGGCAGCAGGCAAAGCACCAAGACGUACUUUCAACAACAACUGGGCACAUACCUCAAUCCUGAUCAGUACGAGGAGGUGUGGAAAAGCGACGCUUCUUCAUCGCGAAGCUCAAUACAUGCUAUCAUGAGGAAAAUUGACGAUCAGAAGAGAGAGUGCUACUUGACGGUACAGCUGCACCCGACGGACAGCACCUCCACUCAUUACAGAAUCCUCUACCAUGUACUGAAGACCACAAAAUCCAUCAUUCUGCUGUAUGGCAGCGGUGAGGUCGACUCGUCGUGGUUGCUGGACAACCAGACCGAAGAAGGAGCCAAACCUGUACGAGUUCUUUCUUUGCACGGACGGAGACUGCAGGGACAGAAUGAGCAAACACAGUCGACGCUACAAAAAGCCAUGGCCAAGCUACUACGUAAGGUGUACAGGCUCUAUCCAUUGUGCCCCUUGUACCGCUAUCACCGUUUGCCCAUCCUAUACCUCUGGCCCUAUGUCAUGGACUCGGACACGCUGAAAAGUGUGAAAAAUGGUCGCCUCACUACCAUCACCGAGCAAUUCGAAUUGCCGCGUGGUCCGACACUAGCCAGGCAGCACGUCGAUGAUCCUGGGGAUGAGAACAAGUACCGAACAUGGCAGCUACCGAUGACCACAGUCAGCUCCAAGAACAAGACGCUUUUCCGCCUGAGGGCCCUGUGCCGCAAUGCACCAGGGCCAGUUAGCCUGUGGACGCAUGACAAUCUUGUUGAGAAUCCACUAACCCUGCUCGUCACAACUGCUGCCGACAAGGAGCAUGGAGAAGGGCUAAGCGAUGGUGACGAUGCUACCAGUGUAUCCACUUGCAGCAGCAAAGACCAUGGCAACACAUGCGACCAUGGCAACACAUGCUCUGCCGACAGCAGCAAAACCAUCACUGGAAACAGCUGUGGUGACAGCAACAGCAGCAGCAGCAGCAGCAGCAGCAGCAGCAACAGCAGCAGCAGCAACAGCAGCAGCAGCAGCAGCAGCAGCAGCAGCAAGAGCAGCGGCAGAAGCAGCAGCAGCAAUAGCAGCAGCGGUUGGAGAAGCAGCAGCAGCAGCAAUAGCAAGAGCAGCGGCAGAAGCAGCAAUGAUAAGCGCGCCAAAGAGCACAGCCGAACUAGCCGCACCACUGACAGUAGCAGUGUGGAUAGUGGCCGCUUCAGUAGCAGCAGCAGCAGCAGUAGCAGCAACAUUAGCAGCAGCAGCAACAAUAGCAGCAGCAGCAGCAGCAGCAGCAACAUAAGCAACAUUAGCAGCAGCAGCAGCAGCGUCACUAGCAGUGGUAGCCUGUGCGCGGAGAAGCACGCAAACAGGAGUACGCCGAUCUGUACCCCAUUUCCAGCAGUGGCAGAGCAAAUCUACGAUCAGAUGAGCUCCGACAUUGGAAGCUGCUUUCUGCAGAUACAAGGCAUGAAGGUGUGGGAGAACUUAUCCAAUUGGAAAGAUCAAGUCACUGUCAUCUGUUGCAUCGGGGAGAAACCAGAAUCAGCCUUCAACUGCUUCAAUUAUCUGAUUGGUGGCUCUUUUCCGAGCAACGAGUCCAGCAAUGGUUCCAUGGCCUCCACUGAAUUCAGCCACCUGAUGGCCUGCGCCAGACCCUCGAAACACGGAAACUUUGUUCUUCUUGCCUUCAACGGGAUCACGUGCUCUGACCUGCGUAGCCCUGCCAACCUGACCUCCGGACAGAAGAAGCUCCUCUUGUCUGGAAUUGGCCUCAGCAACCUGUUUGUGGUGGACAGCAAUGCACCAGAGGAGACAUUCAGAGCAUUCAGCAGACUGACUGCAGAGUUGGUGACGAUGUUGCCACACUCUGGUCUCACGUUUGAUCGGGAGUUGGUCGACAAGAGUCUAUUCUGCAGCCAUCUCGCUCUCAUAUCGCGCACCGCAUUCGGAGAACAAACUCUAUCAGCUGUGCACAAGGAGACCGGCAGAAAGUAUGGAGAGCUCGCCGGGUCGUUGUUUAAAGGAGUGUACGCGCAUGAAUAUCUUCCGGCGAGAACAUGGACCGAGGGUGUCACGGAGCAAACCAGAUCAGCGGAGACGCUAAGCCCCUGCGGUAAAAGCCACUCAGCUCCUGCUUGUCGCGUCAAGGAGCUGGAUGGUUAUCCCCAAGCAAGAGCAAUACAUCAGGUGCUGUCUGGCCGAUCUUGUGACAUGAAAGUCUACCCGAAUGGCAACACAUUCCUCGCUAGUCUGAGCUUAGUGAUGGCCAUGGCCGCAACGGAGUUCAGCGAAUCUCGCCCGAUGCAGGAUAUGUACACACUGCAACGAGAGCAGGUCGAGAAACGCCUUGCACAAGUCCUAGAGCACGGCACAGGCAAUGACGGUAACGAGAUCAUCAACUAUUAUCACGACUUCAACCGCAGAGACAUCACAGUGCCCGCAUCUAUCAGGUUGUCUGACGAUCCGACCGAAUCGAAGGAGCCCAUUGUCAACAUCAGCAAAUGCAUAAUGGAUGCGUUCGGUCCGAUGUCCACCAUUCAUCAGAAGCAGAACAUCACCAAGGCAGUUCAAAACUGUCUGCAGCAGGUGGUUGACCUGAGAUGCGACCAAGCGCGGAAGUUUCUAAAGGAUGAGCUGGCGAGCGAGGAAUAUGAUCACAGUGUGCAGGCCGCUUUCUUCGACAUGAUCAAGGAGUUCCGGACAAGGUGGAAGGUGUGCGGUCUACUGGGAAGCAACAGAUGUUCACAGUGCCACUUCCGUUGUCUGCUCCUUCAGCAACAUGAUGGGCUGUGCGAUUGCCUGAAGGAUUCACACAUCUGCGGCAAGCAAUGCGACAAGCUGGCUUGGUCCAAUGGAACUAAAGUUGUUUGCACGCGCACCUGUAUCGAGAAAGCAGCGCAUGAGGACUGGGAGAGCGAACCUGGAGCACGUUUGCACAAAUGUGAGGCAUACGAAGCCCCCGACAGACACAUGUGCCGAUUGCAAUGUGAUCUGGCAUCAUCAAGGACGUGUCACAAGAAGUGUGUUCUAUUUAUCGAUCACCCUAAUCAGCAUCUCUGUACUCUACCAACUGAGGAACAUCUCUGUAGUACACCGUGCCAUCUCAGCUCCCACCCGAUCAGUCCUAGCAAUGAAAUCGGAGAUCUUCAUCCUCCAUGCGCGUCACCAAUCAUUACUGACCACACUCAUCUCUGUGGCAAUGAGCACAAAUGCGUAGCUCUGUGUGACGACAAAGAUGGCAUAUGUGAAAUAAGCCGAGAGCCCUUGGAUGGAGAUGCAUGGAAGCUCGAACCUGGCCGUGAUGGCUAUCGACUUCAAUGCUCAAUCCUUAUACCAGCCAACCUGACUAAUCACACUGCAGAUGCCACUCACCACUGUGGAAAGGUUCACAGAUGCGGAGUCAUGUGCCCUAUGUGCAGCUGUUACUGUGACAAAGAGAUAGACCAUGACGGCCUGCACUCCAUUGAAGAUCACGGAAAAGUCGUCAAUACCGCAGCAGUUCUGCAGAAAGAAACCAGAGAUCUAGUCAGUAAUGGAUCAGAUUUCACUUGCAAAAAGCUCUGCAUCUCAGCAGGACGAGGACACAUUCACUUAAUGACAACCAGAGACAGUGCUGUCCAGGGUAAGAAUGCUGGGGAAGUUGAUCACUGUCGUUUUUGGUCUCAUUUCAACUUUGAAGACCCGUGCAGCAGUGAUACUGAUCGAGAGAUCUUCGGUCGAUGCUCAGCAUACUGCCACGACUGCUUACCUGCAGACUGUGAGGAUUCAAGCAGUGGCAUUCAGGAUAACAACCAUUCUGCUGGACUCUACUGCACUGAAGCAGUGCUACAUGGCAGAUUAACGGGUCCGGCAAACAACUCCGAUGGCUACACCAGUAUUGAGAGAGACUACCAGCAGUCAGGAACACUGCCUGGCCAUCACUUUCUCUGCCGAAAGCAGCACACAUGCCAUGGUAGAUGUGAAUGCAUUGAUGGCAAUGAGCAGUGCAGUGAGCGAUGCCAGAAAGAGAUCUCUCACGACGGUACGUGUUCAUGUGGAAAGUUCCAUCGAUGUGGCGACACGUGCAGUGUCAAGAAGACCUCGCGAGAUGAGACAAUCAAUUGCACCAAGCAAUGCCACGAGUCUUCUGAGAAAAUUGAUCACAUAUGCUACUGCGACGACACAAAGUGCCAUGCGGUAUGUAACAUCCAAGAGUGCAGAAAUCAAUGCAAUCUUCAUCAUCAGCAUGAAGGCGAUCUGCAUGACUGUGAACAGGAUCAUUCUUGUGCUGCACCAUGUCAAGAUGAUGGUCGUUGUGAGCAGCAGCAGCAGUCAGGAGAAGAGGUUGAUGGACAAAGUGUUCCAAGGGCAGAAAAUGCAGGGCAGGCAGAUAUCUGGCAGAAGCUCACGUGCAACAUUCCGCUAAAACGUGGAGUUCGCAGUCAUACAGGAUCUCACUCUUGCAAAGGUAUUCAUCUGUGUAUGAACACAUGCCCUCAUUGUGCAGCGCCGUGUUUUCUUCAAGUCAAUCACACAACACUUAUGCACGAGGCAGACCACAGGCCCUUCACAAGCGGAAGGAGGUUGCAGAUAUUUUACGGCGACAAGCGGGAAGUUCGGAGCACGCACCAGACGACCUGUGCUACCGCUUGCAAGACUGCUGGUGCUGGUCAUUUUCACGUGCUUGGAAAGUGUGAAAACAAGGCACAUUGCACAGUGGACCCCGGUCAAAUACGGCAUUACCAGUGGCAAGGGCAGUGUCUGCAUAUUGCGUCUCACGCCACAUUCUGGCAGUCAAUAUCAUACAAAGAUCCCUACUCUGACAAGGAAGUCUCUUUCUUCCAGUCCUGCCAUGUGCUAUGCACUAAAAGGCAUGGUGAAGAGGACAGACCUCACUGUGCUGGAGAGAUGUGGCAUGCAUCAUACCGUAUGCAAAGGCCAGGCUAUGUCAUGGGUGUCAUAGAUCAGCUAUCACUCCAGCGGACCACCGUCUUUCAUUUCUUUGAGAAGGACCAGCACAAGUGCGCCGAGCGCUGCACAAUUCGCAACGCAGGAAAUCUUUGCAAUCGUGGAUGCCAGAAGCAGAUCCAGCAUAACUGCUCCCCUCGGUGUGAGGCAGAUUGCCCUGGAACUGGUGACCCCAAACACUUUUCAGGUGUUCCACAGCAUCAUUGCUGCAAAGAACAUGACUGCAGAGAGUUUUGUGACAGCUCUCAUCCCGGUGUUUGCUUUCUUGCAUCAACUGACAGCCCUGCUCCAAUCGGAAGCCGGCGUAUACGUCAGAACAGCAAUGCCUACCGCGUGAAGUGCAGUGUGGCAUAUCCUGUGGGCCAGUCUGAUCAUGGAAAGCGACAAGAGUCUCACAGCUGCGGUAGAGAGCACACCUGUGAGAAGUUCUGCCCUCUGUGUGAGCGCUACUGCAGAUUGCUCUAUGCUCACUCAGGGCCCUGCGAAACAGACCAUGGAUUUGUAAUCAACACCAAGAAGGCAGUUAUUACAAUGCAGGAUGGCACCAAACUAACAAUCACUGGUCACCAACAAACCUGUAGUGAAAUUUGCAAUGCUGCCGGUCCCUCACACUCACACCAUGUACCGUGCACCUGCACGGCACAUGAACGCUCUACCGACUUGCAACCACAGCUAUUUCACACGCAUGCAAAGGCUACGCAAGGCACUGCAUCUGACUUGACAUCACAUCGCGUCUUCUGGGAAGAGAAUGGAUUUCAAGAUCCGUAUGUCUCAAGAGCAGACAUGGGUGAAGACUUCUCCAGAUGCAGUGCUCAGUGCAACCAUCAGCUAGAUGUCGAUGAAGACGGCAAAGCUGAGGCGUCCAAGUGCUAUUUAGAGCUAUACCAUCCGCCAGUGGACAUUCAGGUGUAUAAGGACAAGAUGGGUCACAUUGAAUACGAGAAGGACCCUGUCAAGCCCAUGCAUUACUUUCAGUGUGAGCACCAGUGCCUACAUCGAUGUGACAAGAGAGACAACGGAGAACAGUGCAAAGGACAAUGCAAGCAUCAAGCUGGUCACCAAGCACAUGGAAUCAACCAAUGUGAGUGCACCGAGCCACUGCAUCGUUGCGGAGAACCAUGCAUCAACGACAAUUGCAGCGUGGGCUGCACUGAAGAAUGGUCAAUGGAGCAUUCCAUUCACUGGUGCAAGGAAGAGAAAUGUCCAGGUACAUGUACCUACACGACUUGCAACCAACCAUGCAGCCUCCAUCAUAUCCACACAGGAGAGGAUUGUGACUGCGGAGAUAGUCACCAAUGUGCAGGAAAGUGUGAUAUGCCAGGAGUUUGCCUACUUGAAGGUGAUGAUCAGGAGGCUGAGGCUGAUAGUGAUUGUAGUAUUGCAACCCCAACUGCUACAUAUCGACGCUGUAGUGUAACCUUGGCUGCUGGAAAAAGAGAGCACAAUGGUUCUUGCAACUGUGGCACUCAACACACCUGCCUGCAACGAUGCACUUGGUGCAAAUCGUUUUGUUCGCUACAACAUCAACAUGAUGAAAGUGAUCAUUAUGCCAAGCAUGGACGUAUCACAGGUGCUGCUCUGCCUGCGGUGCUGUGCACAGUCUUUGACAAAUACGGACAGACAAUGAUCUCCCGUCUUGGUGCUUCAGCAUCACUCAGAUGCGACGAAGUGUGUCGCAAAGCAGGCCCUUCUCACAGUCAUUCUCGCCUUCCUGUUGAGAGCAAGAGUGAAUCGUCUCUAACUCCCGAUGCCGGUGUGAACGGUGUAAGCAGCUUUGGAUCGAAGCACACGCUGUGUACUACACGGCCCGAGGAACGUUUGCGACAUGACAAAUUCUGGAAGGAAACCAGUUUCAACGAGCCUAGUUUCACAGUUGAGGAAGCGGCUGCAUUUAUUGAAUGUCCUGUCAUGUCCGAAUGGCCACCUUGCCCUCUUGGAGAAGAUGAAAAGCAUGAAAUCGUUCCUUGCGAUCUAGGAUUGUUCCACAAGCUUGUUUCAGGAGAUGAAUUUAUGGGUACACCUGGCUUUGUGAGCACAAGCAGAGAUUUGGAGUUGCCAGGACAUCACUUCCCCAAGUCACAUCCAUGCCCUCUCUCUUGCAACCGACUGGUGGAUCAGGAGAAAUGCAAGACAGGCUGCUCAUUGGGUGCCGGACACAUUGCUGAAGCAUGCGACUGUGACAGCUUUCACCGCUGCGGUGCUAGAUGCAGUGGGCGAGACUGUGUCAAAUUAUGUGAGCAAUCUUCCGCCGAGAAUCAUGUAUGUGACUGCGGAGAUAGAGGAUGCAUAUCAGAAUGCGAUCAUAAGAACUGCUUGGAAACGUGUGAUCUGGAACAUCCCCAUCUGCCCAAACAUGACUGCAGAAAACGCCACCGUUGCCCUGAGGUCUGCACAAAGCCUGGCAUCUGUAUUCUACGUACUAAGCUUCCUGAAAGUUCUACGGACCUGGGACAGGAGAAAGAGCAGGUGAUUGCAAGGCAGUGCGAGGCUUUUCUGGAGUCAAAUGAGUGGAGUCAUACAGAAGAGCAUAGCUGUGGAGAGCAGCACACUUGUCCUGAGCAGUGUCCAAUGUGCAAGCAUUACUGCAGCAAAGAAUUUGGCCAUGGUGGCCUCCACUGCAUUGAAGAUCACGGUCCAGUCAUUGAUCCAGCAGCUGUUCUGCAGAAUGAAACACGAGAUGCAGUCAUUGUCAACCAAGAUGCUCGAAUGACAUGCCAACAGUUCUGUGUCUUUGCCGGACAAGGGCACAUACACUUGAGAGCGGGGUAUGAUGGCGAGCAAGCGGCAAAUUGCAACCAUUCUGAUUAUUGGUCUUUGUGUGAAUUCGAAGACCCUUGCUCUGCCGCUGAAGGUGAGAUCCUCUCUCAAUGCUCUGCCUACUGCCAUGACUGUGCGAAACUCGAGUCCACAGCUCCGGAUGGAGACAGCGGUUCACGUGUAGGACGUGAAGAGCGUCGCAACCACUGUACACAUCCAGUUCUGCACGACAACCUAGCCGGGCCGCACAACGGCUUGCUAGGUUACAUCAGCACGGGGAAAGACUACGCGGAAUCGGGCACGCUACCCGGCCAUCACUUUUUCUGCCAGCACACAUGCCAUGGCAGGUGUGUGUGCCUAGCUGGCAGUGAGCAGUGCAACAAUCCUUGCAAGCUAAUCAUUUCCCACGGCGGUGACUGUUCGUGCUUGGAAUUUCACCCAUGCGCUGGAACGUGCGCUGUCACAGCAAUCUCGCGUAAUGAAACAUUCGACUGCACGAAUUCCUGUUGCGCGUCAUCAGAGGUUGUUGAUCAUGUGUGCUGUUGUCGUGGCACACAGUGCAACGCUGUAUGCGACAUCCAGGAAUGCCGGAAUCAAUGCACUCGCAGCCAUCAACACGGUGGUGAUAAGCACGACUGUGGAGAGACCCAUGCAUGUGCUUCACCAUGUAAAGAUGAUGGCCGCUGUCAGCAGCAGCAGAAACCGCAGCAGCAGGUGGAAGAAGAAGUACAUCUGGAUACGAAAACAGUCAGUGCAAGUCAGAAAUCCAGUUGGCAUAAACUGGCGUGCAGCGCUCGUCUAGAAGUCGGAGUACGCAGUCACUUGGGUUCUCAUUCGUGCAAUGGCCUUCACCUGUGUACCCACCAGUGUCGGCAUUGUGCUGUGCCGUGCCAUCUUGAGGCCAAUCACACGGCCGCUCUCCACGAGGCAAACCAUGGCCGCCUGGAGAUUGAUCAGGAGUAUCCGAUCUUCUCCGCCAGCCUAUCAAGGAUCGCUGUCCCAUUGGGAACACCGUGCAGCAUAGCUUGUCUGAAAGCAGGCCCUGGACACAUGCAUGUUUUGGAACACUGUACGCACAUGAAACAGUGCGUACCCUACCCCAGAGAUAAGCAGCAUCUCAAAGUCGACGAGCAGACAUGCCUUGUACCUCACGCAACAUUCUGGCAGGCUAACGAGUUUCAAGAUCCCUACCCGGAGCAUAUUCGGAUUGAAUUCCAAUCAUGCAAUGCUAAAUGUCCUCGUUGCCCUGAAGGUAAUGUCGCUAACCACUGCGAGGGUGAAAUGUGGCAUGAGUCAUACCGAUGGCAGCUUGGGCGUUAUGUCGAGGCGCUACCAAACCCUUUACAGAGAAAGCAGAACAUUGUCCAUUCAUUCUCUCAUCGACACCAGUGUACGUUUCAGUGUGAUAUUUCUGAUGCUGGGCCUCGUUGUGAAGCCUUCUGCUGUCGUCAGAUUGGCCAUGAGUGCUCUGAUCGUUGCAGCAUUGAUUGCCCAGGCAAGGGUGAUGAGAGUCACCAGCGUGCACAAGGUGAUCCUACUCAUCACUGCUAUAAAGAACACCAAUGCGGGCACGAGUGCAGCGUCACCAAGGGAAUCUGCUUCCUGGAAUGGCCAGAAAAGGAGAAGUACGCCCCAGCCGGUAGUCGACAUCUCCAACACAAUGGAAAUGGAUACAGGUUGAAGUGCAAAGCCAUGCUUCCGAUCGGCAAGAGGGAUCACUUGGGCGGGCAGAGCAGUCAUACGUGUGGCAACGUACACACAUGUGCAAAACGCUGUCCUUUCUGUGAACGAUACUGCACUUUGGAGGAAGGCCAUAAACCACCCUGUGACACCAUCCACGGCCUUGUUAUCAACACCACAACCAUCAAAGCCAACCGCAAUGAUAAUAGCCCAGUCAUGCGUCACAAUCAGGUGACCUGCAGUACCAUGUGCGACUAUGCCGGACCAUCUCAUUCUCACGAAGUACCGUGCUGCUGCGAGACUUUCAGCCGCAAAGAAAAACCAUUCUACAGUCAUUGGAGAACUUUGCCAUUUCUGUCCAAAGACUUGACCUCACACGGUGAGUUCUGGAGAAGGACUGGAUUCGUAGAUCCGUACUCUUUGGUGUCAGCACCAAGCAAGGCAACGGAGUUCUCACGUUGCCUAGCUACAUGCCAGUACAAGGAUCAUGAGAGCAGCAGCCUUGUGCAAUGUGAUGAGGAGCUCUACCACCAACCGCUCAAUGCAGCUGCCUACAUUGAUAAAGGAGGAUAUCUGGAUUACAAAAAGAGUGAUUUGACACAGGCACUGCAUCAUUUCCCGUGCACGCACAACUGCAACAAGCGUUGUGACAAGAUGGACAAUGGGGAGAAAUGCGAAGGUUUGUGCAAGCAUCAGGCUGGCCAUCCAGGACGUGGCAUACAACAGUGUGAGUGCAUCAAGCCGCUGCAUCGUUGUGGAAAGCCCUGCAUCAAUCUCCAAUGUAAAACACCAUGUACUGAUGAAUGGCUAACGGAGCAUUCCCUCCACUGGUGCAAAGAAGAGAAAUGUCCAGGUACAUGUAAGUACAAGACCUGCCACAAACCAUGCAGUCUCAAUCAUAUCCACACGGGAGAAUGUGACUGCGGAGAAAGUCACCAAUGUGCAGGAAUGUGUGAUAUGCCAGGAGUUUGCCUACUUCAAGAUAAUGAGAAGGAGGCUGAAGCUGAUAGUGAUCGUAGUAAUGCAACACCAGCUGCAACACUUAGGCGUUGUAGUGUGAUUCUGGCUGCUGGAAAACGAGAGCACAGUGGUUCUUGUGACUGUGGUAUUCAACACACCUGCCUGGAACAAUGCACUUGGUGUAAAUCGUUUUGUUCGCUGCAACAUCAACAUGGUGGAAGUGAUCAUCAUACGAAGCAUGGACGUAUCACAGAUGACGCUCUGCCUGCUGUGCUGAGCACGGUCUUUGACAAAUAUGGACAACCGCUGAUCUCUCAUCUUGGUGCUUCAGCAUCUCUCAGAUGCGAUGAAGUGUGUCGCCAAGCAGGCCCUUCUCACAGUCAUUAUCGCCUUCCUGUUGGGGUAAAGAGUGCACAAGUCACAGCACCUCUCCAAAGUAAUGUUGUUGAUGCAAGGAUUGACGGCUCAGAACAUCUGCUGUGCACAGUACGACCAGCUGAACGAUCAAGACAUGAUGAGUUCUGGACGGACAGUAAAUUCAACCAACCAAACUUCACAGCUAAGGAAGAGAAUGAAUUUGUUGCAUGCCCGGUGCUGUCCAAGUGGCUACCCGGCCUGCUUGGAGAGGGAGAAGAGUGUGAGGGAUAUCAGUGCGACCAGGGAUUGUUCCACAAUCUUGUUUCAGGAGAUGAAUUUAUGGGUACACCUGGCUUUGUGAGCACAAGCAGAGAUUUGGAGUUGCCAGGACAUCACUUCCCCAAGUCACAUCCAUGUCUUCUCUCUUGCGGGCAAUUGGUGGAUCAGGAGAAGUGCAAAGCAGGUUGCUCAUUGGGUGCCGGACACGUUGCUGAAGCAUGCCAUUGUGACGCCUUUCAUCGCUGCGGUGCUGGAUGCAGUGGGCGAGACUGUGUCCAAUUAUGUGAGCAAUCAUCAACCGAAGAACAUGUAUGCGACUGCGGAGGUACAGAAUGCAGAUCAGAAUGCGAUCAUAAGAACUGCUCGGAAAGGUGUGAUCUGGAACAUCCCCAUCAGUCUGAGCAUGACUGUGGUGAACGUCACGGCUGCUCUGAAGCCUGUAACAGACCCGGAAUCUGCCUGCAACGCACUGCACUUAAGCCUGGGAGCGACACUAGUGGGCAGAUGGUAUCAAGGCCGUGCUCAACUUCCCUUGAACGUCAUCUGUGGGACCAUGGUGAAGAGCAUGAUUGUGGUGAAGAGCACACUUGCGAUACGCAAUGUCCGCUGUGCCAUCAGUACUGUUCUCGUGAGCAUGGUCAUACUGGUCGACACACAACAAACCACUCGCACGUGAUCGAGAGUGAGCCGCAAACGAUCGUCCUUGACCGCAACGAAGAAUUGUGCGACACAGACGCAGCAACGUGCCAAACCAUCUGCAGUAUUGCUGGACCUGGCCACUCUCACGUCAUCACUCAUGGUGCUGGCGGCUGUUCCGGGGAUAGAGAAAUCUGCCGUUGUACCACUGCCGGAGUUCAUCACACAACGCACAGGAACUUCUGGAGAGAGCUCAACUUCGAAGAUCCCACCACUCCCGAGGAGCAGGUAGCUUACGCUCGCUGUCAUGUUCACUGCAACCAUCAGGACCAUGCCAAAGAUGGUCAUCCCGUUCUCUGCAGUGGAGACCAGUGGCACACGUUCUUCUCCGAUUUAUCAGCCUUCGGUGGCGUUGGUUACGUUGGUACAACUGUCGGUUCUGAGUGCCAAGGGCAUCAUUUCGAAUGUGACGGCCAUGCGUGUGACGCGUUCUGCUGCCGCGAGGAGCACGCCAAUCGAAAGUGUUGCCUAGGUCUUGGUCACAGCUGUUCGGCCGACUGUCCAGUCCACUGCAAGGGCUAUGGCGAAACGCAUCAGAGCGAGGGCAAUGUAGUACACAUGUGCCGAGAGGAUCAUACGUGUUUAGAGCCAUGUGCUGGGACACCGGGACACUGUCAGCAAGUUCUGUCCGCCAACUGUUCAGAACCGAAGCGUCUCAACUGCCAGAAAAUUAUCCCAUCAGGAAGAAUACAUCAUACAGGAGUGCACCACCAUAACUCGCACCAAGAUGAACUUCCAGCCAUCACUUCCCGCACCGCUCUUGGUAGUGUCCAUGUCCCUAGCAGCACUGUGCAUGACGGCCAGCACUACUGUACUGUGAUGUGUCCAAUGUGCUUCAUGGCCUGUGAGCACGCUGCUGGCCAUGGCGGUCCACACAGCACCACACACGGCACAGCCAUUGGCCCGUCAGCGAGCCAGUUUGACUUAACGAAACAGUGGGUUGUCGUCACUAGUUCUGGUAAAGAUGUUAAAGUCACUGAUUCUAUGUCAUGUGCUGAAGCAUGUGCCAAAGUGGGGCGAGGACAUUACCACAUGCAGAAGUGUGCAGUACCGAAUAGCUGCAGACUACGCAACGAGCACCAAGCUCUCCAUAAGAAUGGUUACCAUGCAGUGUCUCAUCAGCUGUUCUGGGCAUUGUUCAAAUUCGAGAGCCCGUCUCAGCGUUCACUGGUGAACAACAGUUUUCAGAAGUGUGGAGUUUUCUGCCCACAUCCUACGCACUCAGACGGAGCCGUGUACUGUGAGCUAGAAUUUCAUCAUCCAUCCAAGUACUUGUACGACCCAGUUCCUGGCUAUCGCUCUACAGAGCGAGGCUGCCUCCUGAGAUGUCAGCACGACUGCCAAGGUACCUGCAAAUUCCACGGCAAGAGCCGGUUGUGCCUGAAAAAAUGUGCUUCUGAAUCCGGUCAUGCUGAACCUUGCAAGUGCUCUGCAGCCCAGCACGCAUGUCGUGAAUUUUGCAUCGCAUGCGUAGACCAGUGUGCAAUUACCUUGGAAAUGGCCGAGAACCAUAAGCACUCAUGCCGAAAAGAGAAGCCGUGUGAAGCUGCCAUGUGCGACUUCUGGUACGGUGAAGGGCUUGCCCAGUGCAGUCGAACGUGCCGGAAGGAGCAUUGCCACAUCAACCGACAGGAAGAUAUCCUACAUGACUGUCAGCAGGAUCAUCCAUGUCGAUCAUUGUGUGCACAAGGCGGCCGCUGUCCACUUGCAAUAGCUCAACCAGGAGAGGCGGUAUCUUGCCAAGCACACUGUGCUCAACCUGCCCGUCACGAGGAUACACAUUCAUGCGGCAGUCCCCCACAUGAGCACCUCUGCGAUAGGCAGUGCCCGGUAUGUAGAGUGCACUGUAGUCUGAGAGUCCACGCAGAAGAUGAGCAUCAUGACAUCGCUCACGCAAAACUCAGCGCUGGGAGCGUCUAUUCGGUUGUGCUCAAAGCUGACGGCAAUCCUUUCCAGCCGCAACGCCAGGCCAGUUGUGGAGAGAUAUGUGUACUGGCAGGACGAGGACACUUGCACCAUGUACCUUGCCCGGAUUCCUGUGAGCGUCGAGAAUUCACCAGGGCAGGCAUGCAAUGCCACACCGCUGCUGGCAAGCACUACAUGACUCAUCGGCAGUUCUGGAAGGAGCUGCGAUUCCCCGAUCCUGCAUUGAGCUUAGCCGCAUCUGCUCAUCCACCGGAGUUCAACCUAUGCAACGAGAUAUGCCAUGAGGGAGAGCAAGACUGCCAAGAGUCAUUCUGCAACCUAGACGUGCUCCAUAGUCUGGACUGUGAGAAGCCCAAUGUGGGGAAGGAAUCCCGCGGCCAUCACUUUGAAGACUGUCGACAACUCUGUCGCGCAAAAUGUAAAAAGCGUCAUGUUUCCUUCAACAAUAAAUGCAUCAAGCCCAAAGGCCAUGGUUCAACAGCAGGGCAUCUCUGUAACUCCUGUGCAGAGAGUUUAUCAGCAGCAGCUGCGGCGGCCAGAGAUACCAGUGAUUCACGUACCCAAUGCGCUACAACCUGUCCCUUGUGCAAAGUGCGUUGUAAGCUGCCACCGCAUGAUCGUGAUGAGCUGCACGACUGUCGUCAUGCCCGAAUUACGGCGGAAAUGAGCAAGGUAGUAUACGAUGAAAUCAUCAAGAAGAAUAAAACCAAGGUCUACGGCAGUGUUUCGACAGACGGCCACACAUGUGCAACGCUAUGUAAGACAUUGCGACCUGACCACAGUCACUUCAUCCAUGACUGCAAGGGAGAUCUGAGAAGAUGCAAAAGACAGCCCAACAUCCGGCAUGAACAAGCGGUCAAGAAAGAUGUCACCGAUCACGACAGUUUCUGGAGGUUGAAAGGAUUUGUCCCACCACCGUGCUUGGGUACAGCGAAGAGAUACUAGACUGCCUAUAGCCAACUGGUCGUCGGCAAGCAAGAAAUCGAGAUUACCCAGCCCGGAUUGUUUCACAAACACGUACUGCACACGGGCAACCUGCCUGGAGUGGGAGUCGGCCUCUGCCCGAACCCAAGUUCCCGGAAAGGUUCUGUAAAAAAUUUUCAUUUACCAUUUCUUACCUAUUUUGUACUUCAUUGAAUUGCUUUUACAAAGCUUUUACAAACGAAUUUCCUUAAUGCCGCCUGCAAGAUGCCUGCUGUUAUUUCAGUAGCCCUUUUUUUUAAAAGAAUGCGUCGAAUUGGAGUGAUGCUGCAAUUCUCUGCCAUAGUAUGUUUUUGAUGAUGCAUCCACAGCUGUAAAGAGAAGCCUGUUCUCGAGAAGGUGUAGCACUUUUGACUGGGUUGGUUCACUGUGUGAUAGUAGCUCAGAAAAUGCUGUGCCGACAGCUUCAAGAUUCGUAAUUCUUCACUGCUUGCGACACACUCGUGAUUUGAAUUGGAGCUCCACCCACGCAGCCGACAUUGCAAGUUUGCACACAUGAGCCAAGAUGCCCACAUCCACGCACAAGCUUACGCCAACAUUAUUUUGAUGCAUGUUCACAUGUUCUCCUCAAUUUCUGGCCAUCACCUGAAUUUCUGUGAAUUGUGCUCAAGUAGAUUAAAAUGCAUAAAGGCAUUUUCAUUACACUGUCGUGUGCAUGCAUAAUCCAUGUUGCUGUGCAUGCAUAAUCCAUGUUGCCACAUCAGUUUGUUUGCAAUCACAGCCGAUCGUUUUGCUCUCUUUUUCUUGCCCAUUCUCUGUAUGUAGUACUGCAUCAAUCUCUCUCCAAACAGUUUCCUGCUUUGGAAUUUCGUAUGUAGGAAUUUUAACUUCGGCCUGCUGAUUUACCUAUCAAAAAUUCAAAAUCAAAGUGUUUUCUUUGUUCGUUAUGGUGCCAACGCAAGCAUAAGUUGUGAUAGAACAACUGUGCCGUCUCCGGUUCAUCCAAUGUGUAUUCUAUGCUAUGACUAGCUGAAUUGAUUGGCUUAGCCAAGCUGUGUGGGCAAGGUACUGUUUUGCUGCACAAUUUUAAUUUCCUUUAAUAAUUUGUUUCUACAUUUUCAUUAUUAUUAGUGUUCAUUGGCUGCAGCUUGUAUAAAAUGUCUCUUCGAUCACUCGGACAUUGCGUGCAGUUCCAAUAUUGGCCCAGCCUCUUUUUUGCUUUAGUCUGAAAACCCGCAACUCCUUUUUUAAAAUUCGAAAAUAACUACAAUGUACUAAAUAAAAUGUUUUC